ACGGACUGGAACGUUAGUUCACAACCCUGCGAGUAUGAGUUUUUUCAAAACGUUUCGAUCCCGGUCGGGUUCCAACGAUGGUCUCGACAGCGAAAUAAAAGACGUGGAUGCAGUGGACACCACGACGCCACCACCGCCGACGAAUCCCCCUCCUCCGCCCCCUCCGGUUCUCAACGAGAACAUUACUGUGACUGUCGAGGAUGAACCGGACGAGGACCCGGUUCGUGCCCAACUAGAGAAAGAUGUUCGACAACGUGAUUCGAAUAUCUCGGCGUUAGAAAAAGUCCGCAACGAAAAGAAACAGGACAUUGUCAAUUUAGAAAUGGAACUCGAGAAAGAGCGUCUGCAACAAAUGAAAGAAGCGCUCACACAUAAGAUUGAGUCCGAACGCAUCAAGCGACAAACUACGCAUACCGAAGAACGCCUCAAGGCUUUGGAAGCCGACAUGCAGGAUAAGGCCGCUAUUCACGAGUACGCCAAUCUCAUCAAGGGUGUAGCGCCCAAAUCGGGUGUGGACAGUCAGUACGUGAUGAAAUUGCAGGCACAGUUGCAAAAGGCCGUCAAGAAAAUGGAAACGACCAACGAACAAAUGAAGGAACUGGAGGAAAACUCACGCCAAGUAGUGAACGGUUUGUCUCUGGAAAUCUCGGAAUUGGUGGAAGAGCGAUGCCGUACCGAGUUAGAAUUACGCAAGCAAAUGGAAGUCUUAAACGAUCAAAAGCGAGAUAUGCAGUUGCAAUACGAAGAGCGCAUCAAAGAAAAUCUCAAAACACUCCAAGCGCUCCGAGCCAAGGCAGCAAGUCAAACAACAAUUGAGGAACUUGAAGAAGAACUGGAGGAAACAGAGCUACGAUUGGAAGAGCUCAAUAGAAUUCAAGAAACCCAAGAAAGGACGAUUGCGCAACUGAAUAAAUCCUUGGCAGUCGAUGGAGCUGGUGAGAUUGUGAUGUAGAGAACACAUCUCAGCUUGUUGCCUUGGCCCAAAAAGAUUGGCAAGCUUUUUUGACGAAAUAAAGCAUAAUUCGACUCACGCCACCGAUGGCAAGCAAAUUUAACAGUAGAGUAGUCAAUGGCCUUGGAGGCCGACGAUGGCUUACACUUGACUCUGCUGAAUGUACCCUUCGGGUGUUUACGUCACACUUCGUCAAAAUAAGUAGGUAUCACAGUUAAUUCGUCCAAGAGAAUCGUGAACCAAA